AUGGAAUCUUCCCAGACCUUCAUGAGAACACUGCCCAUCAUACCAGGCUACAGUGGCUUUAUACCGUAUGUUAGCUGCCAGGGAACCUCCACCGAGGAUGACACUGUCCACUGUCUGAAAACCUUCCAGGAGAACACCCAGCGCUAUAAAGACAGGCUGGAGGAAUUUCGCUGUGCUGUGGCCAAUACCCCCAGACUGAAGCCCGUCAACUCAGAGGAGACGGUCCUGCGGGUGCUGCACGAGUACUACCGGCAGUACCACCCCACCAGCCUGGAAUGCAAAGACAUGAGGAAACCUCUCCAGGAGCCCCCGAUCCCAGGCUGGGCGGGCUACUUGCCAAGAGCCAGGGUCUCUGAAUUGGGCUGUGCCACAAGGUACACCGUCAUGGCCAAAAACUGCUAUGAGGAGUUCCUGGAACUUACAGAGCGGGCCAGGAGAGCACGUCUGAAACCAUACGAGGAAAUGUAUGGAGUUAGCGCCACACAACCUUCUGCUGCUUCUCCAACAGUUCCGCAGCAAGAAGGGCUGCUGCCCAAACAUCCCCAGCUCACUAGUCUAGGUAGGAGCUGCCUUGGUCUUGAAAGACCCCUGAGAGAGGACUCGAGAGCUCCAGUGAUGUGUGGCCAUGCUCAGAUUCCAAAUCUGUCUGCAAUGGGAAGAAUAAUUUAG